GAUGCGGCUAGAAGGGACCCGGAAGCUGCCUCCGAGUGAUGAAGCGUCCCCCCGGCAACGCCGCCUCCCCGGCCGGAAGCGCUGCCGGUCAUGUGACUGUCAAAAUGGCGUCGUCUGUCAAGGCCGGGCCGCCACUGCGCCGCUUCCUGUCGAGCCCCGCGGCGGGCCGUCUCCCCGAAGCGCUGCGGGGGGAACUGGCAGCGGCCCUGGCGGAGGGCGGCCUGCCCUUCGCGCUGCUCCGGAAGCUCCAGCGGGCCCUGCGGGAGGCCGGUUCCCCGGUAUAUCUUCACGAACUGUUGGAAGGUAGUGAAAUCUUUCUCCCGGAUGUGACGAAACCACCCAGGAACCCAGAAUUGGUAGCCAGGCUGGAGAAGAUCAAAGCCAAGUUGGCAAAUGAGGAAUACAAGCAGAUGACAAGGAACAUCAACAGCCAGGAGCUGAACCGCCCUGGCACCCUGGCUGAUCUCGGCAGGCAAGCCAGGUCAGCCAAAGCAGUGACCGUCACCGUCAUCAACUUCCUGGUCACCGUGGGGGCCACUUUUGCCUGCGCCUUCCUGGGCAGCUAUUACUUCUUCACCGAUAUAGCGGCAAGGGUGAUUGCAGCCGUGAUCGCAGCCUCCGUGGUGGGCCUGGCGGAGCUGUACGUGAUGGUGCGGACCAUGGAGGGGGAGCUGGGGCAGCUGUAGCCGGGGGCCGGGCUCUCAGAGGGCCCUGCAGCCUUUUCCCACGGCUCCUCCCGUGAUCUCCAUCCCAGAGAGGGGCGUCUGGACCCCCGGCCUCCCCCAGAUCCGACGGGCCACUCAGGAGCAUGACAGAGACAUGGCACUGCCUCCCCCAGCCCGGCUUCUAGGCCAGGCGGGCCCCCGCCUGCCAUCUGCACCUAGGGGUCUCCUCCCGGGGGGAGCAUCGCCGUCAUGUGGGGGUUUCUGGUGCCGAAGCCGGGGGGGGGGGAGAGAAGCCACUUUCCAGCUUGGGGCUGCUCGUCCCAUCGAUCGUGAGAGGUUUGGGGGGGCAGAGCCUGGCCUGCCAGCCAGGCAGGGUGUCCCCACCCCUUUGUGCUCCAGCUACCCAAUUCUGGUGUCCUGCGAUGAUGGUGGAACUUCGUUGUGUGCAAUAAAAAGUAACUCACAAAA